AUGGCUGCCGUUCCCAAACAUAUGAUUCUACCACCCAGAGAGCCAGACGCCACCGACUCGGAAAUGGCCACCUAUCUUCUCGAGUCUCAUAUCGAAAGCGCCCUGGCCGGUCUCGUGGAUGAAUUAGACAACAAAGAGCUAGAAGCCUUUGCCGAUUUAACGGAGGAGAGUGAACAUGAUGCCAUAAUCCAUAUUUACGCCACGUACCGCCUAUACAUGAGAAGCAACUCGCCGGAAAGGCUUAAACAAGCCGCCAGAUCGUUAAAACUCUUGGUCGAAGCAACGGCAAAAGAUGAUGCGGCUCACGCUCUGCAACUUCGCAUUCUUGUUCAGACGUUAGCGGACCUGGCGCAGCAUGAAUUCACGUCACGUACCGGGGGAGAUGCUGCUGCGGGUGUCUUUUUCGAAGGGCCUACGUUGAGGGAAGAUCUCGACUCCGCCGUCAGCCUGGCAACAACAGCUCUGGACUCGACGCAGUCGGACCAUCCCGGUCGAUUCAUGAUACUGAACAACAUCGGAGCCUGGCUCGGGCUGCGGUUUAAUGAAUGCACCCACUUGAAAGAUAAUCUUGAUCUAGCUAUCGAAUAUUCCUGGGGCGCAAAAGGUGGCGCAGAAAUAGUAGCACGAGAUGCUACACCUGUAGUCGCAGACCACUCCGAUAGAGAUGCUGUUUUCAUACAGUUUGCAGGCUUGCUUGCUAUUUAA